CUUCACUGGCUUUGACAGAAACGCUAAAGCCUCUGAACAGUAACAUCUAAAGCUUCUCUGAUUGUUUUUAAGUUCAUUUUUUCUUCCUGAAACGCGCUAAAAAGAAAAUGACAGAGCUCCGGCACCGCGGCGGUAUUACUGAACCCGACCUACAACAGCAACAAUCCGAGGAUAAGGGUUCAGAGGCGGAGGACAGGAUGGAGAAGGAUGGCGGUGUAUCAGACAGCGACUCCAAGCCUGACUCUGGUGUACCUGAUGUUACCGCCCCCUCCGAUGAUACCCCCGAGGUUCUGAACAAAGCCCUAUCAGGCCUGUCGUCACGGUGGAAGAACUGGUGGGUGAGAGGAAUCCUCACCUUGGCCAUGAUCUCCUUCUUCUUCUUCAUCAUUUAUCUCGGCCCAAUGGUGCUGAUGAUGAUCGUGUUGGUUGUACAAAUAAAGUGUUUCCAUGAGAUCAUCACCAUCGGCUACAGCGUGUAUCACUCCUACGACCUGCCCUGGUUCAGGACACUCAGCUGGUACUUCCUCUUGUGUGUGAACUACUUUUUCUACGGAGAGACGGUGACUGAUUAUUUCUUCACACUGGUACAGAGGGAGGAGCCACUGAGGAUUCUCAGCAAAUACCAUCGCUUUAUCUCUUUCGCCCUCUAUCUCUCUGGAUUCUGCAUGUUCGUAUUGAGCUUGGUGAAGAAGCACUACCGGCUGCAAUUCUACAUGUUCGGAUGGACCCACGUAACUCUGCUGAUCGUGGUCACUCAGUCGCAUCUCAUCAUCCACAACCUGUUUGAAGGCAUGAUCUGGUUUAUCGUACCCAUCUCCUGUGUGAUCUGUAACGACAUCAUGGCCUACAUGUUCGGAUUUUUCUUUGGCCGAACUCCACUCAUCAAGCUGUCUCCUAAGAAGACGUGGGAAGGAUUUAUCGGUGGAUUUUUCUCCACUAUAGUGUUCGGAAUCCUGUUGUCCUAUGUGAUGGCCGGUUAUCGUUACUUUGUGUGUCCAGUGGAGUUUAAUAAUGACUCGAACAGCUUCACGGUGGACUGCAAGCCCUCGGAGCUCUUCCAGCUGCAGGACUACAUACUGCCCACUGUCCUGCAGUCCGUCACUGGCUGGUCCACAGUGAGGCUUUACCCCUUCCAGAUCCACAGCAUUGCCCUGUCCAGCUUUGCGUCCAUCAUGGGCCCGUUCGGGGGAUUCUUCGCCAGUGGAUUCAAGAGGGCCUUCAAGAUUAAGGACUUCGCCAACACCAUUCCUGGUCAUGGAGGAAUAAUGGACAGAUUCGACUGUCAGUACCUCAUGGCCACCUUCGUCAACGUUUACAUCGCCAGCUUCAUCAGAGGUCCGAACCCGACUAAAGUGAUCCAGCAGUUACUGGCCCUGAGACCGGACCAGCAGCUGUACAUCUACAACUCUCUGAAAGCUCACCUCACUGAGAGAGGCCUGCUGGGGGCGCUGGAGGAGGCAGCCUGAAUCUGUGCUGGAUACAGACAGAGCCCUGAGAGCCAGAGAGAGAGAGUCUGGGGGAACAUGGGGUCAUGGGGUCAGCAUGGAGCAGGAGCCGUGUGGAGGUGGGAGACACGAAGAUCCAGAUGAGGAAAAAGGAAAAAAAACUAAACUAAAUUGAAAGCCUUGGGUCAUUCCAUAUUCUGUGUGUAUGUGUGUGUGUGUGUGUGUGUGUUAGCAUUUAGUCAGUGUUUAUUAUUACUAUUUUUCUUUUUGUUGGUGAAAUACUGUACGUUCUUUCUUUUAUACCAGAUAAGAUAAAUAUUAUACAGCGAGUGUGACACGUCCUACACUUUCUUCCAUUAUGAGUCACGAACGUGUGUAAAGUGGAUCUAUUAUCUGUGUCGUGAAUAUUUUAAUAUUUUAGGGGGUAUAUAUAUAUAUCAUAUUAUAUUAAAUAUUCUAUUCUAACUAUUAUAAUUCUCAUUAGGGUUCGGACGUUUCUCAUUUUAUUUAGUUUUUAAAGCACUGCUCCGCUCGCCACACUGUUCAGAUCGAGCUCACGUUUCAUUUCACGCUCGAGAUUCACCAGGGGAGAAGACGCAAGCUUUUUUUCCACAUACAAAGGGUUUUUUAAAAUGAAAACGAAACAGUAGACAGGUCAGGAUGUGUUUAGUGUCUGACGUGUGUGUGUAGAAAACCAGGAAUAAGUAAAGAAUGAUGUGCCGACGGAGCAAAAUAAUCCACAGCUGGAUUACUGCUGGUGUCAUCACCACCUGGAAAUGGAUUAUUUUCCUCUUACCAGCGCAUCCCUGAAUCUUUUAUUCCUCAACUGAAGCUUUAUUCGUAUACAGUCCGACUCAGUUCCUGUACUUGCUUACGUUCUAGCAGCUACAAAGGUUCCUUCCUUCUCCAGCCUCCCUUUAUUCCCUUUCUUAGUUAAUAAGCAAAAUAAAAACGCAGCCUGUUUUAUCACAUCACCGAGAAACAAUUUAAUUCGCAGCUUUUUCUCUGACUGUUAGAACGCUGACACUGGAGACAUUUUACAGAAAUAAAUAUAUAUAUAUAUAUACACACACAAUGAUCAGGUAUAACACUGUGAGCAGUGACCGGUGAAGUGAAUAAGACUGAGUAUCUCCUCAUCAUGGCACCUGUUAGUGGGUGGGAUAUAUUAGGCAGCAAGUCAACAUUUUGUCCUCAAAGUUGGUUAGAAGCAGGAAAAAUGGACAAGUGUAAGGAUUUGAGCGAGUUUGACGAAGGGACAAAUUGUGAUGGCUAGACCACUGGAUCAGAGCAUCUCCAAAACUGCAGCUCUUGUGGGGUGUUCCCGGUCUGCAGUGGUCAGUAUCUAUCAAAAGUGGUCCAAGGAUGGAACAGUGGUGAACCGGUGACAGGGUCAUGGGUGGUCAAGGCUCAUUGAUGCAAGUAGGGAGCGAAGGCUGGCCCGUGUGAUCCGAUCCAACAGAUGAGUUACUGUUGCUCAAACUGCUGAAGAAGUUAAUGCUGGUUCUGAUAGAAAGGGGUCAGAAUACACAGUGCAGGACGGGUCAGCAGCAACACCAAGACAAUAUUAGACAAGUGGUCAUAAUGUUAUGCCUGGUCAGUGUGUGUGUGUAUGUAUAUGUGUGUGAGUAUGUAUAUAUAUAUAUAUAUAUAUAUAUAUAUAUAUAUAUAUAUAUAUAUAUAUAUA